AUGUCGUUUAUGGAGGAGAUGAGCGAUGCACCCGUCAGCAUCACAGGAGAGAUGUGGAUGUGUGCUGACAGCGCCGGCCCGUUGAAGGUUGGGGCUGGCCGCGGCCUCAAGAACCUCAUCACCAUCGAAAAGGACCGCUUCUGCGCUUACUCCUCCCGUAGUGAGCAGUGUAAGCAGGUCAAGCAAAUCGCCUUCCGUAGCAUGAAGUGCGUCGCGUGGUUUGCGCAUCACCCUAAGCCGCCAGGGCGCGAGCCGGCAGUGAGCACCACCGCCGCCACCCUGCGACGCGGCGCCCGCAAGGACCCGCUUGCAGCGACGUACUACUAUCUUGUAUUGGAGUUUCUGCGCGACAACACGAUCCCUGGCACCGUAUCGCUUGGCAAGCGCGAGCGCAUCGUGCUCUGCACAGAUGAUCAGCAGGACUUUUCAAUUUGGCGAAAAUUUGCUGAGCUUUACGAGUGCCCGCCUGUCCACGAAGGGUUUGUGGAGGGUCGCGACAAGAAGGCCUUGAGGGCACAGGCGCCUGCAGGUGGUGCGCGAGAUCAUGACGACACCACCUCGAGUGAUGACGAGGGCUACGAAGGAAGGGGCCUGGACGGCGGCAGCGCCGUGAGUCGUCGUCCGCUCGACCUGUGGAAAAAUCGAUGUGUGGCAUUGCUUAACGACUUUGCUCACUUGUCGAAUCCGUCCUUGCAGGUCCAAAGCGCUGACGUCUUCGACACGCCGGCGGGCUGUGGCGGGCUCGACUGGGACGCUCACGUAGAGUCCGUGCUGCACGCCAUCGAGCAAGACAUGCGUCCUUCGAUGAAGGUUGUACCAGCCCCUUCUACCAGAGGCGCUGCUGCGGGGCCGUCGUCCCUGCUCUCUUCGCCGUCGAUCGCCCCGAGCAGCAUCCAUCCCUGUGCGGCGACAAAGGGAACAAUGGAGACGGACUUCGACGAGAUGCAGUCGCUGGCGAGCAAUCUGCAGGUGGAGCUGGAGCAGUUUCAGGUGGUUGCGGCUGAGGUGGGAGCACUAGCAGAGGGCAGGGAGCUGAAGACGACAACGAUCUUGCCUGACGCACUACAUGCCUACGUAGAGCGUCUGAGGAAGAUGCCGACACCAGCAGAUCCAGCCGAUAGCGUUGCGGCACAGCGAGAGGACAAGACGGCGGCCAACGCCAGUGCAGCUGCCGCCGACCUUGCAAAGCUGGAGAGCGCCUGUGUAAAUGCGGUGCGGAGCUUUACGGACAAGGUGCACACAAGCGCGCUUCCUCUGUCACAGGAAUGGAACCGCGAAAAAGCAGAACAGCAGGAGCGGGCGGCCCUUCCGCAGCGUGUGGAGACAAUCGUUGCUGUUCUUAUCGACGAACUCACCCGUGCCGCCGCGGAUGUGUCCGCCCUCAAGACGUCUCUGGCCACAAGCAUGGCCCCCACUACGGCCUCUCCGGCGACAAACGUGCCCUUGGAGCUGAGCGAGCUUCGUAGGGUACUCAACCAAAAAGAAUUGGAGGUGGAAACGCUGCAGCAGCGGCACUUCCACGCGAGCCGCCACACAAAGCAGCUCUCUCGCAGGCUCGAAGAGCUGGUCUUCUCGUAUAGUGACGUAGCGCAUGACAUGCUGCGGUCACAGUACCGCGAAUACGCGUCUCUGCGGAACCUGUUUCUCAGAGCACUGCGCGGCGAGGUGCCUCUAGACAAUUCGACGGCCGCCGAGGCAUCUUUGGGAGAGAGUGGCUCAUUCGGCGGCACGAGCGAGGCCCGUUGCUCGGGUCAUCUGCCUGGUUCCUUUACUGGCGUGCAGAAGCUGGUCAUCUCUGCCGCUCAUUUGGAGGCGAUCCAGGCCCUCGAGCAGGAGCGCAUUGCUGCCCGCGAGAGGCAACGCGAGCUAGAGAAGGUGAUGAAGGAGUUGGAGGUGCUAAGGCAGGAGCGUGAUGAAGAGAUUGCCAACCUCAAGUGCAACUUUCUCGCAGCCGGGGAGGCGUGGGAGAAGGACGUCGCCGUACUGCAAGCAAAGCUGACAGCGCUGCAAUCUGCCAUCCCGCGAGGGGCACUGCUGCUUCCCGCCUCUUCGCUGGCAGCCCAUACUGCAGUGAAGGCCGGCAUAGCGCAGAAACUUCAAUCAACGCAGCCGCACACUCCUACUGCGCCUGCAGACACCCGUGAGAGCACCGAAACCGUGACGCCGAUGCUCGCCGAGAGUCACAAAACACUCCACAAGCUGACGACGCUUCUCGCAACGACCCCAAAGGAGACCGGUGUCGAAGCUGCCGUAGUGACCCAGCGACUGCAGGCUUUCUACGAUUGGGUGCUUGAGGCUGUCGUACCUCUUUCCUCAACGUCCGUGUCCGACGGCUCAGUGCUGGAGAUAAUAACCCAUGUUGUCCACGCCUAUCAUGCACUCUUUCAGCAGAUAUCCACCAUUUACACAGCUACCCGAUCCGGGACGGAUGACACUCACGUGGAUGUCCUCAAACUUGUGAAGAACGAGCACGAGAAGUUUGAAAAGCUGUGGGGAAUCCUGGAAAAACACUUGCUCAUUCAUGGUGAGGACAGCUCCUUUCACAUCAGCGGCCACCAGUCGUCGUCGGAACGCACCGCUCUCUUGUUUUCCUCACCUCCUACCAUGGAGGAGCUCGAUCAACUACCAUCCUUCCUAGAAACGCUGUGGACCAAUGCGACUCUCUACUCGCAGCUCAAGCUCCGUAGCGGAGGCGUCCCCAUCGCUACUUACCUUCAAGACCUUGAGAAAAAGUCCGCACAACUGGAACAGCAGCAGCUUCAGCAUACACAGCGAGAAAAGAGAUCCCUCAGCGCGCUAAUGGCUACUUUCCAAGACGACAAGCACCACACCUCCUCACUCAUUGGCCACGCCAACUCCGCGCUUGCUGCGUUGGGCGUGGGCGCGCCGGCGUCGGAGUCUGCCGCGGAGGCGAUUGCGCGCGCGGCCGCCGAUGCCGCGGAGCGCGAGCGUGCACUGCGCGCCGAGGUUGCCGCGAUGGAGGAGCGCCUGGAGGCGGCGAACGCGCAGCAGCAGCAGCUGCAGGCGGACCGCGACGAGCAGCUGCGCGACGCGGACGAGCGGCUGGCGGAGACGGCGGCUGCGCACCAGGAGCUGUCGGGCAGCGUCGCCGACGCGCUUGCUGCGUUGGGCGUGGGCGCGCCGGCGUCGGAGUCUGCCGCGGAGGCGAUUGCGCGCGCGGCCGCCGAUGCCGCGGAGCGCGAGCGUGCACUGCGCGCCGAGGUUGCCGCGAUGGAGGAGCGCCUGGAGGCGGCGAAUGCGCAGCAGCAGCAGCUGCAGGCGGACCGCGACGAGCAGCUGCGCGACGCGGACGAGCGGCUGGCGGAGACGGCGGCUGCGCACCAGGAGCUGUCGGGCAGCGUCGCCGACGCGCUUGCUGCGUUGGGCGUGGGCGCGCCGGCGUCGGAGUCUGCCGCGGAGGCGAUUGCGCGCGCGGCCGCCGAUGCCGCGGAGCGCGAGCGUGCACUGCGCGCCGAGGUUGCCGCGAUGGAGGAGCGCCUGGAGGCGGCGAACGCGCAGCAGCAGCAGCUGCAGGCGGACCGCGACGAGCAGCUGCGCGACGCGGACGAGCGGCUGGCGGAGACGGCGGCUGCGCACCAGGAGCUGUCGGGCAGCGUCGCCGACGCGCUUGCUGCGUUGGGCGUGGGCGCGCCGGCGUCGGAGUCUGCCGCGGAGGCGAUUGCACGCGCGGCCGCCGAUGCCGCGGAGCGCGAGCGUGCACUGCGCGCCGAGGUUGCCGCGAUGGAGGAGCGCCUGGAGGCGGCGAACGCGCAGCAGCAGCAGCUGCAGGCGGACCGCGACGAGCAGCUGCGCGACGCGGACGAGCGGCUGGCGGAGACGGCGGCUGCGCACCAGGAGCUGUCGGGCAGCGUCGCCGACGCGCUUGCUGCGUUGGGCGUGGGCGCGCCGGCGUCGGAGUCUGCCGCGGAGGCGAUUGCACGCGCGGCCGCCGAUGCCGCGGAGCGCGAGCGUGCACUGCGCGCCGAGGUUGCCGCGAUGGAGGAGCGCCUGGAGGCGGCGAACGCGCAGCAGCAGCAGCUGCAGGCGGACCGCGACGAGCAGCUGCUCGACGCGGACGAGCGGCUGGCGGAGACGGCGGCUGCGCACCAGGAGCUGUCGGGCAGCGUUGCCGACGCGCUUGCUGCGUUGGGCGUGGGCGCGCCGGCGUCGGAGUCUGCCGCGGAGGCGAUUGCGCGCGCGGCCGCCGAUGCCGCGGAGCGCGAGCGUGCACUGCGCGCCGAGGUUGCCGCGAUGGAGGAGCGCCUGGAGGCGGCGAAUGCGCAGCAGCAGCAGCUGCAGGCGGACCGCGACGAGCAGCUGCGCAACGCGGACGAGCGGCUGGCGGAGACGGCGGCUGCGCACCAGGAGCUGUCGGGCAGCGUCGCCGACGCGCUUGCUGCGUUGGGCGUGGGCGCGCCGGCGUCGGAGUCUGCCGCGGAGGCGAUUGCGCGCGCGGCCGCCGAUGCCGCGGAGCGCGAGCGUGCACUGCGCGCCGAGGUUGCCGCGAUGGAGGAGCGCCUGGAGGCGGCGAACGCGCAGCAGCAGCAGCUGCAGGCGGACCGCGACGAGCAGCUGCGCAACGCGGACGAGCGGCUGGCGGAGACGGCGGCUGCGCACCAGGAGCUGUCGGGCAGCGUCGCCGACGCGCUUGCUGCGUUGGGCGUGGGCGCGCCGGCGUCGGAGUCUGCCGCGGAGGCGAUUGCGCGCGCGGCCGCCGAUGCCGCGGAGCGCGAGCGUGCACUGCGCGCCGAGGUUGCCGCGAUGGAGGAGCGCCUGGAGGCGGCGAACGCGCAGCAGCAGCAGCUGCAGGCGGACCGCGACGAGCAGCUGCGUGAUUGUGUGAGGGAGCGCUGUGCGUACGUGUCGCAGGUAUGCUUGAGGGAGUUGGAAGCUAAGGAGGCGGAGGCACGCUUUGAUGUCGUCGGGGCUUAUUGCGCUCUUUCCCCCUAUGUGUCUAUCGCGUCUUCGAUCAUUGGGAAGUUGCUGGAUAUUCGAGGGAUGGUUGGUGGUGAUGUUGAUGAGAUAGUAGGACGGGUGCGAGCACUGGUGGCGGAGCUUAACGGUUUACGCGCAUUUGCUAGCGAAGCGCAUGAGAAGGUAGUGUGGUACGAGGAUGUAAGGGUUCGUGUACCGUUGAAAAAGCUUAGCGACUUUGUGCGAAAGCGUGACGGCACCGACGAAUGUGAGCAGCGAGAGGAGUUCUCGGUUUCGUUUCUUGCAGAGACGCUGCGAAGUAGCUUUCGGGUGCUACAGUGCUUAGAUUCCGAAGCAAUGGCGCUGCAAGAAUCGAUCUUCUCAAUGACAGCGUUAUUGAAGGAGUGUGGUACGGCGUUAAAUGAGAGCGUGACGAACUUGCAAAAGGCGCUGCCGUGUGCUGCGUCUAAGGAAGACACGUCGCCAUCACAGUCUCAUUCCACUCUACCAGUGGAAUGGGGUCUGCGUGUGGUCUGCCGCCGCCUAGGUGCGACGGUUUCUGAAGCCGUGCACUGGCAAGGGGAGCUGACGAACAUUUUAAAGGCGACCUAUAGAAUUCUCAUCGCUACUAGUGACGGCACCCGGGUGCACGGCGCCCCGGUGAGCGACGGUGAUCACCCGUCUUUCGCGGAAUACAGUCAACUGCCCCGACUCGCGGCGCAGGCAUGCUCGGAGCUGUUGCACUCGCGUCGCUUUGCCGCUGUUGAGGAUGAACUGGCUGCUGUUACGCAGCAACGAAAUGAUCUCACAGGCACGGUCGGUACUUGCUGCGGAUCGUUGUGUAGCGCUAUUUCCGUCGCCACCCCAGGCAGAGUCGGCGCUCUUCCGGCCACGGCAACGUCGCUGACGUGCGAUGAGGCGAAGUCGGCUCUCAGAGAUAUCACGGUUCUCACGAGUAGUAUCUUGCACGAUUACGCCCAAAGCAUGGAACACACGUUGGCGGUACUAACCCCGCUUGCAAGCAUCGCGGCAGACACAUUCGCCUUCUCGUCCUCUUUCGAAAUGCUGGCUGCAGCGACGGAGGCUGUGCGAGCCCGCAUCAAGCGCAUGGAGAGGAGUCAGCUUCAGCACCUACAUAUGAGCCAAUGCGAUGAGGAAGGGAACGCAAAGGCGAGGGGCGCGAUGCAAGACCAGUUGUUCGCACUAAGUGAGGACGGUGAGGCUGGGGAGCUCGCGCGCAGAAACGAGCAAGAGGAGCAAGCAGCUCCUCUUGCAGAGGUCACGCUUCAGCGGCAGCGCUGGGAUGCUGUCGCCGAAGUGCUCGGCAGGUUCGCUGAGGAUGUUGGCGCCACCGUGAGGGCAAAAAACGGCUCCGAAUCACAGAGCGUUGGUAACACCGAGGUGCUUCCACUCGUGCGGCAAGCCAUUUCACUGUCAGCCUCAGCUAAGGCUCAGGAGGAGCUUGAAGGUCGUCUUUCUGGCAUUCUAGAUGCUUGCAAGCGUGGCGCUGCUGAGCACCAUUGGGCUGAGGCGACGGCAGCUCGGAUGGCACUGGAUCCGGAGGAGUUGCAUGCAUCCGUCACGACCGGCGAGCACAGCCCUGAAAAAAUGCAGGCGCGAGCGAACGCGUGUCAGAUGCCGAUUGCGACGAUGGAAGCGGCGCGUGCGGCCCUCGGGCAGUCUACGACACAAAUGCAGCUCGUUGCCGCUCGUGCACACGAGGAGGCUCUCGAUGUUGGCGUGCGAGAAUGGGAUGCGUCAGAGUCCGGCGUAAGAGCCCCGGCAGGCGAGGGCGAACGACUGGGAGAGGAGAUGUACCUUGUACAGUCGCGCAUGGACGCCAUGCAGGAUCGUCCCAACGAAGCCGAGGAGCGCGGUUCAUCUCAAGUCAUGGAUGCCGGUGUGUUGCUUGAGGCGGCGGGGCAAGUGCGGUCUCUCGAGGACGUGAUGCGCGUCGUUGCCUCUUACAGCCUUGAGUACAAGACGAAAUCUCUGGAGUCCAAGGAGUCGCGUCUUCGGAGCGAGAUAGUGCAGGAUUGGGCGGUGAUGAUGGUUCCGUUGGCAGUCGAGCUGCGGCUGCUACGCGCCAUCGCGGCCGGUGUGGACCGUCCACUGCCGGGAACCGCUCUUGCCGAUCUCCCCGCGCACGGGUCAAGCGUGCGUCGUGAACUUACAGAGGCAGGGCGCUCGCUGGGGGCUGCGGCGUCGGCCCCCUGCACCGAGGAAGCGACCCGCGAGGCGCUUCUCGGGGCGAUGGACCAGGCCUGCCAGCUUCUCCUUGGAGCACCACCCGAGAGGGUGUUAGAUACUGCAGCGCCACAUGGAACGGCAUCAUCUGCGGAAGAGUGCCCCGCUGUCACGUUUGCAGGUGCGGUAUCCACGACGGAUGUGGCCGGGGGCACCGCACCCGACAAGCUUGCAGACACUGUGUAUGCUAUGAUAGAGGAACGCGGUGACCGCGCUGCUGCCAAUGGUACUUUAUGCACAGGCGAAGCGUGGUAUAGUGCCGUGGCGCGGGUGACGCAGACGCUUUGCAGCGCCUUGUCUUCCGCCGGGGUUGCUGUUUCAGUUCCGGCUGACCACGGUUUCGUGGUGGGUCAUUCUUCCUGCGUUUCGCCGGCUUCGCAGACAUCGAUGUUGGACUUCCUUGCAUCCGCUGCCGAGCAUGUUUUGAAAUACACGACGGAUACCACACGACUCUUUGAGGACUGGCGCGAGUCUCUGCAGGAUUGUCUGUCGCGCACCGAGUCUAGCCUACCAACUCUCGUUGCGGCAGUGGUAGAGGAGGUGGCAAGUCUUCGUGCGGCGUCUCAGUUGGCUGCUGAGGAGCAACAGCACCGCGACCACGAGCUCGACGCCCUCAGAACACUGCUGCAGGAAGCAUCCGCUGUCUUCUCGGACACCUCGCCUUUUCUUUCUAUGCAGUCGCCUAACUUUGUGGAGAAAUGCAUGGCGUAUGCGAAGGAGUGCGCGAGGCUGACAGCGCUGGAGAGCGAGUUGAGCAGCGUUCUGGGUGCCGCAUCGGCGCAGAGGUCGUCGUGGGAGGAUGCGUCUGUCUCGCUGGGAGAUCUGGCGGCUGAAUUGCAGCGGGAUCGGGUGGAGCUGCGAGAGGUGGAGGUUCCAAAACUGCAGGGACUAGUUUGCACUCUGAGCGUCGAGGUGCUACUCGCAGAAGAACGCGCUGCGCGUACGAUGCUGGUUGCUGAGGAAGCUACGAGUCGUCUCCAUGCGCUGUGCGAUCCGCAGCUCCGAGAACUGGGCUUCCUGGUGGAGAGGGCGCUCGCGCGGGCAGCUACGGCCGAGGCGCAAUGCGCGGAAAAGACAGCUCAGCACUGCUCCCUCCUCGCAGCGCACGAGUCAUUGGUUACCAUGGCGUCGGGUUUGGUGCCCGUGCAGGAAGACUGUUGUAGAGCGCUCGUCGAGAGCGAGGGUGACGCGUCAUGCGCUGCUGCGCCGACGCGCUUCACAUCAGAGGCGUUGCGUAUCUUGGAGCAGGAAGCAGUACUCGUCCCUCGUCUUGUUCAGGCGCACGGGCGGUUGACGGCGACGUGCGCUGCACUGCGCAGUGACUUGGACGCUGCGAAAGCGGCUUGUGUGCAGGCGCUUGCGGAUGGAGAGGCGGACCUCGACAUUGCGCGGAGCAAGUCGACAGAGUUGGAGGCCCAGCUUGAGCAUGUCCUUGACGCUAUUGAGGCUCUCGGCUCCCUUCUUUUUCCCCAUGAGGAAGCCUCGCUUAGGGAUGCCUCUUGUUUGCCGCGCCUCGUGGAGGCCGCAGGGCAGCUCGCGCAUACUGCUGCUGCAGACGCCGCGGCCCGGUGCCGCUUGGAGAGGGACGUUUGUGACGGUGCCGCCGCGUUUGCAGAGCAGCAGAGGCAGUGCACCGCUGCUGAGAGUAAUGCCGAAACGCUGCAGGAGACGGCCCGACGCUAUGAGUGUCAGGAGGCGGAGGAGAUACAGACACUGACGGCGUCGGCAAAGACCGCGGCGGAGGCGUACGCCGGUAUCGUGACAGCAUUGUGCUUAUCCGCGGAAUCGGUGCCCUCGGCCGCGUCAGCUGCUGCUGCUAUAAGUGAAGAGCAAUGGGCAGCUGUGGUGCACGCGGUACAGGCGGCAGUCGAGGAAGGCGGGCGCCAGACGAGCGACGCGGCGGAGCUCCGUGUGGAGAUGAGAAUCCUGCAGUCCCGCAUGGCUGAACUCAAGGCGGCGGUGCUGGAGUCGGAAGCCCGAGAAGGCAACCUGCUGCAGCGCCUCAACGCCCUCAUGAUGUCCUCAGAGCCGCUGAAGGCAGCUGUGACGGCAGUGGUAGCCUCGCGCGAGUGCAACCUUGAAUCACUGGAGGAUGUCGCGCUUGCAAUGCAGGCUGCCGUGCAGCUUGUAGAGCGUCAGCAAGGCAACAUCAAUCAGCUGAUAGCUGGCGGCGGAGAUCUGCACAGCGGUGUCGAAAGUCUCAAUGGCAGGUUGUGUGGGGUAGCGAAGGAGUGCGACGUGACAAGGCCGUCCUUGGCUUCUCUGGAAGAGACCCAUGGCAUGCUGCAGCGGCGUAUGGCCCAGCUAGAGCGACACGUCCACGACACUAUUUCAACUGUGGACUGCCGAGCAGUGACCGUGCUGGGUGCGGCGGAGUUGCGGCGACUCGACAAAAGUACACCAGCGGACUGCUUGGAUGGAAUUGCGUACGUCGCUGAUGCACUCGCCUGCAGAGCGGAGGAGUGCGAUGCUGCCAAGGCGCAGCUGCUUGCCUGGAGGGCUGAGGAGCGCAUCCGCGAGGAGGCGAGCCUGCGGACCACCACAAGACUGUCGACCCUGUGGCAGGCGUUUCGCACAGCUCUCCUUCCUCUGCUGGUCGACGAACCCGCUGACCGCGGCGGUUGUGGCGAGGUGGCAGUUUUUUCAGCUGACCCCGUUGAGUUCCUCGCAAGCGAGGCGGAGGCGAGGCAGGCGGCUCAGAUGAUUGUCGACACCGCCGAGCGACUGCGCCGCACACACAACGAUCUGCAAGCUGUGUACGCCGCCCUACGCGGCCACUUUGGAGGUGAUGCCGCUACUGGUGUCCGUGAGAUGACCGCUACGCCGCACGCGCCGGCGCGUGUGCUUCACAACAGCGGCGUCACGUCGCUGCGCUUCGACGACACUGUGACGGCGACGCUCCAUCUCGUGAGCACUGUCGUGAAUGCCAAGUGUACCUCCGUGAAGGACUUCAUCGAUCACGUCGUCUCCGAUGUGCUGCGAGACACAUCGGGGAGUGCGCGCGUUUCGUUUGCGGCUCUUCGCCCCGGCGCCUUUGCGGAACGGCUUCAGGGCGUAUUGGCUAGUCUGCGAGCAUUGCGAGAAAGCAGCGAUCAGCACCGCGAUCGGGCUCGCCGCCUGCCCGCCUUCAUGGACGCCUUGGUGGAGACCAUCCACAGCCACGGUGGGCGGGUGGACGUGGCGUCCACUGACGCUACCGGCGCUCUUGCCAUUGCGGACGCGACCAUGCCGUACCGUCACAGCCCAGCCACGACGCUCGAGGACUGUCAGGCACGAGAGCAGAGAGCGAUCGUUCACGGUCUGCAGGCAUUACUGAACCAGCAAGAGGAACGUGUUCGCGCUCUCACAGCUGAAUGGCAAUGCGUGAAGAUGCAGUACCACCAGCUGUCUCAGGAGCAGGUCGCUGCAGAGGAGACGGUUGUGGAGCUGCGCCGCCGUGUGCAGUUCAAAGUGCAGGAGGAUUACAAGCUGGAGGAGAGUCUUCGCGAGCUUGACAGCCACCUCGAUCAGCAGGCGCGCGAGCUCUCCAUGAGGUACUUCGCCGAUCAGGACGCCAUUGUGCGACGCUUCACGCUGCUGAGAAAUCAGAUUCACGCAGCAAUGCGUCUGCCAACGCGGCGGUCGGCGUCUGCCAUGCCGCCGCGCACACCAGGUCGCGACACCUCGACCCCGCGAAGCUAG